AUGGAAGUGGAGGAUUUUAGCGGACGAGGAGGCGGUGCUGUUUCGUGUAACAUAGGUAGCAGGGCUGACUCUCCGUUUUGGCACUGUUGCUGGGCUGCCAAUCAGCCACUGACUGCGGCAUUUCCGGAGCUUUAUAUGUUGGCUGGCCGUGAUGGCCUUUCUGUUGCUGACGCAGGAAUUCACACUAGCACAGGCUGGGUUUGGAAUGGCAACGCCAUUUUUGAAGAUGUUGGCGCGGUUAAAGACUUCUUAUGGCAAGAGAUGUACUUGUCCAUUCAGCAUAUUAUCCCUAAUCCCACUGUUAAAGACAGUUUUGUGUGGAGUAUCACUAACGAAGGAGUUUUCACGGUUAAGUCUUGUUAUGAGAGGUUCAAAGCCAAGUUGUUUGGACUCUCCAUCGAUCCUUCUAUUGUUAAAGCUGCAUCUCUUUUGUGGAAGGUAAAGACUCCGUCUAAACUUCUUUUUUUCGGGUGGAGGAUUAUUCACAAUAGAAUCGCUAGUAAGGCUCAAUUGCAUAAGAGGGGUAUUUUGGAUAGUAGUGUUUUAAACUAUGUCUUUUGUUCCGUGGUAGACGAAAAUUUAUCUCAUCUUUUAGGAGGUUGUGUGGUAGUCGUGGGUGUUUGGAAGAAGGUCUUCGAGUGGAUUGGUGCCAUUGAUGUUUUAUCAUUGGAGGAAUUUUUUAGGUUUCCUUUUGCUAUGCAUAAGGUGAAAAGUACAGAUUGUAGGGCUACUAUAGCGGUUAUUUGGCUAGCAACCGUGUGGGGCAUUUGGUUGGAGCGAAAUGCGAUUAUCUUUAAGUAG